CCUCCACAACCGGCACCAUGAAGUUCCUUUCCAUCCUCGCCUUGAUCGCACCCGUCGCCUUCGCACUUCCCACCUCUGUCAUCACUGAGGCACCUGUCGAAGAUGCUGCUCUCGAGGCCCGCCAGUCUUGCUACGUCAAGUGCGGUUCGACCUGCUACACCAGCGCACAAGUCUCCUCCGCCCGCAGCGCGGCCUACAACUAUGUCAAGCAGGGCAGCACGGCUGGUAGCUCGACCUACCCCCACAAGUACAACAACUACGAGGGCUUCGAUUUCUUGGUCAGCGGCACUUACUAUGAGUUUCCUCUCAAGACGAGCGGUGUUUACACUGGAGGCUCCCCUGGUGCUGACCGUGUUGUGAUUAACGGCAGCGGUGCGCGUGCUGGUGAGAUUACGCACACUGGUGCAAGCGGCAACAACUUCGUUGCUUGCUCGGGAUGGUAG